AGUGUAGCUAUCAUUCUCUUAUUUUAUUUUUGCCUCGGUCUGCUGGACGGCAGCGAUCUAGUUGAUUUAGUAUUUUUUUUUUUUCAUGGAUGAAAUCGCCCCUUUUUCAGUGAUCUCCCUUCGUUUCCUAGGUAUUUUUAUGUCGAAUCGUUAUCUGCAUCUUGUUUGCCAUAAAUGGAUGAUGGAUGCAGCGAAAAGACUGGAUCUUGUUGAAUGUUUGUUUUGAGAAAUUUGAAUGAGUUGGGUGUUUAUGGUGUUUCGGGAACCAGGAUGUUGAAAGAUCGGAUUUAUUUUUGCAUUUCCUUUGUUCGUUGAAGUGAUAGGAAAAAAAAAGAAGAUUAGAAGUCAACAGAUUAACCUUGCUUAUGUGAGUAAAAGUAGCUGCAGAUAGGGUUCUUGUGUCAGUAAUGCAGAUUUGAUGGACAAUAGAGGUGUGAUAAUGAGAAACUUAGCAGGAGAAGCAUAUAUUAAUGAUAUAAAAUCUCCUCAGCAUUACCUGAGGGCUCUCGCAAGUCGCAAGUCCCUGUCCUGAUUUUUGCAAAUGUGGAAAGAUGUACGAUUCCAUCUUGCUAAAAAGUAUGGAGUUCUAGCACACUUAACCCGCUUACAAUCCCGGAUGAAAAUUGCAGCCCAAAAAAGUUGGCACUGCACAAGUUAGACACAAAGGAGAGGACUGUGGGUUGAAGAGACUCUCUCUCUCUCUCUCAAAAAAGGAGAAUUCUUCCUAGUGUUAAGUAGUUAACAAUAUGCAUCAGGUGAUUCAUUGAAUGUAAAUCUGAGGAAUCUGCGAACAUGAAUCGCGGGACGCCAUUGUCCUUCCUGAAAAAUGUCAUAGUUUCUGAGCAGGAUGGUUCCUUUCUUGAAGAUGGAUCAGAGGAGAAAUCUGAACUAAUGGUGCCUGAGGCUAUAUCAUCAACUUUCUAUGAAAACACUAUCUCCAUUGAUGAUGUGCCCUGGGCUUGGUCAGAUGGGUUUUCUGAAGGGUCUGCAGUCAUGGAGCUUGAAUCCUCUAUAUCUGCAGUAGAGAGCAUGGCACCUACCCCGAUUUCACAUGAUCAUAAUAUAGAGGGAUCCUCUAUGGAAUUUGAAGUUACACCACGGAAAAUGAUAUCGUUAGUUUCUGAUAAACUUAUAAAUCAAGUAGAAGAGUCAUCCAAUAGAUUAAGAAGCAUAAAGCAAGAAGCAAGGCGGAAGAGCAUGGCAUCUUCCAUGGCCAAUUUAUCAAAGGAACAGAAGCAGCUGGAUGGUUUGAAGGUAGAUGUGAAGCAAAAGAGAGAGGUUCCAAUGUUGAGGUCUUCGCUGCCCGUGAAAACCAGUCUUCUCGGUACAGUCAAGGCCAAGCAGAAAGUUGAUGCAGCUGUGGAACCCAGCAUUACAAAAGAAAAAUCUGGAAAAUUAGAUAGAACUGCUAAAUUUGUUAAGCCAAAACAGGCUGGUAUGGUGCCUGACAAAGGACCACGUACAUCUUUAUCUCCCAUAAUAAUCAAGAAAAAGACUUUGUCACCUCCGAAGAGGAUCCAGUUAUCCCCAAAGGCAUCACUUGUACUGAAAACCAAAUCUUCAGCGGUAAAAUACAGGUCAACUAUGUCAGAUUUAGGGAGAAUCACAGGUCAAAGUAGCCAGGAGAGCAGCAAGAUUGCCAGGAAUGUUGGCAUGCCUAAGUUGGGAGGCGAGAAGAUUUUGAAGCAAUUUGAAGAACCUCAGUGCCCCAUGUCAACUGUUAAUAAUGCUCCGGGAUUGAAUAAUUCUAUGAAGUUGAGAUCAGUAAAGAAUCAAGUGGAAGCUGGAAACGUGGAUGGGGUGAAGGAGAAAACACUGCAUGUAAUUGAGCAGACACUCGUUGGUGUAGCUCAAAAGUCUUCAGAACAAAAUCACAUAAAACUGAGAUCUCAACAGUCAUCAGGAACCUUCUCUACCGGGUCUUCAAUAUCAUCUUCAGCAUUUCUCUCAUCAAGUUAUGAAGACGAGAGUGAUGGAUCUCGGUUGACAAUUAGUGACGCUAGUGGAUCCAAGAAGACUCAUACUGGUGAGAGAAAAGGGAGAACCCCACUUCAUGGAGUUGAGCAGAAACUCAAAACUCCAAAGUCUGCAGAACAAAAGUGCACAAAGCUGAGAUCUCAGCAGUCAUCAAGAACCUUCUCUUCCAGGUCUUCAAUAUCUUCAUCAGCAUUCAUCUCAUCAGGUUAUGAGGAAGAGAACGAUAGAUCUCGGUUGACAAUAAACGAUGCAAGUGGAUCGGAGAAGCCUCAUAUUGGUGAGAGAAAAGGGAGAACACAGCUUCAAGUUGAGCAGAAACUCUUCAGUGUAGAACAGAAUCACACAAAGCUGAGAUCUCAGUUGUCAUCAAGAACCCAUUCUUCUACGUCUUCAAUAUCAUCUUCAAAUGAUGAAUCUCAGUUGACAGUAAGCGAUGCUAGUGGCUCAAAGAAGUCUCAGAUUGGUGAAGAAAAUGGGACAACACCGCUUUACUCUCUAAAUAGUGACUACAAAGAAAUACAGAAAAGAACAGAAAAUAUUAGCCUGGAAGAUGAAUCAUUGUUGCUUGAGAAGAUGUCAUUUAGUAGAGGGAAGAAAAUUAGUCCCCAGAGAGAGAUUCCUGACCACAGGAGGCUCACAUUAAUGCAAGAAAAAGCAGUGGCCGAGGCCAAGAAUUUUGAAGUUCAAGCAGGAAUGAGUAGCUUUAGGGAGAGUAGAGAGUCUCCUACAGUUGGGCUGAGGCACCAGGAUAUGCAGGAAAAGAAUACAGAGGCUUUGUUUAAUGAUGUAAGUGAAGAAGCUGGAAAGAAGCUGGUGGAAACUAGGAAGAGCAAGGUAAAGGCUCUGGUUAGUGCUUUCGAAAGUAUCAUCUCUCUCCAGGAGAGAACUGUUUAGUGAGUAUUAACUGUUUUAUCUAUUGACUGAAAAUCUGAAAUUACUUCUGCAUUUAGUUCCUGUGUUUGGACUUCCCAAAGUAUAUCUAUGUCAUAUAGGCUAUGUUAAGAAGCUUUUGUUCCAUAAGCAAAGAGGAAUAAAUUUUCCCUAGUGCUUUCAACACACUAGCUUGUUUUAACAUGUUGAACUAAUAAUGAUUCCCUAGCCAA